GGUCUAAAAACCACACUAACCAACAUGCUUUGCGCCUUAAAGGAAUCACUCAGCUCAGGCUAACCACCGAUGCUAAAAAGCAAAUUAGCUUACAAGGUCUGACUAUUAGCCUUCAAGUAAUUUGGUUAUAUUAAUAGGGAGUUUAUGUAAUACAUUUUGAGACAGAAUGCCAGAAGGAGACAGUGCCGGUGAAUCCAUCCAUGGGAAACCAUCAGCGAUAGGAAACUUCUUUAAACGGCUCGGCCAGAUUUAUCAGUCAUGGUUGGACAAGUCAACGCCGUUCUCAGCAGUGCGAUGGACAGUCACUGUUAUCCUAACGGCCUUAUAUAUGAUCCGAGUUUAUAUACUACAGGGGUGGUACAUAGUCACAUAUGCUCUUGGGAUCUACCAUCUAAACCUCUUCAUUGCUUUCCUCUCACCUAAAGUGGAUCCCUCCUUGCUGGAUGAUCCAGACGAGGGUCCAGAACUACCCACGAACCAGAAUGAAGAGUUCCGGCCGUUCAUCAGGAGGCUGCCAGAGUUCAAAUUCUGGCACUCAGCGACGAAAGGCAUCAUCAUCGCUAUGAUUUGCACAUUCUUCGAAGCCUUUAACGUGCCAGUGUUCUGGCCCAUCCUCGUAAUGUAUUUCAUCAUGCUGUUCUGUAUCACCAUGAAACGGCAGAUCAAGCACAUGAUCAAGUAUAGAUACCUGCCCUUCACACAUGGGAAGAGAACUUACAGAGGCAAGGAAGACACAGGGAAAACCUUUGCUAGUUAAAAUUCCCCUUCCCGAAAUUAAAGUUAUUGAUGAAGAAUGGUGCGUAAAGGGGGUUGAGGUUUUUUUCUUUUUCUCUUUUGCUUUCUUUCUUUUUCUGAGUAAGGAAAUGCCAAGUUUGUUUUGAUCGACAAUGAAACUGUAAUGCUGCCUUUAAGCAUUCAGGGUUUGGGCCUUUGAGAAAUGCUGUUGAGAUCUUCUACACUGGCAAAUUUUAAUAUAUUUGGACAACUAGGUAUGAGAUUUUACUUUUUUUUUUUUUUUUGGCUCAGUGGUCUCUCAUAGCUAAUAAACUGUCUUUUCAGUAUAGGUUUUAAAAUGGUAGUUCACUUGUAAAUGCUAAUUUUUAUAUAUAAUUUACUCUCCAUGUCUUUUUCAACCAGUAUGGCUUUUUUUUUCAGUGGAAAACAAAAGAUAUUUAGCAGAAUGUCCAUGCUGCUUUUUUCUGUACCUGUAUAAUGUUAUGGAAAAUAGCAGCAUGAAUAUAAUCUCUUUCACUAGUGGUAAAAGUCAUAUUGGUUUGGAACUAAAUGAAGGUGGAUGAAGUGAAUUGUGGGUCCACAUGAUUAUUUACAAAGUUACACAAUAUAAAAUAGUGGGGGGAGUUGUCAUUUGUAUAAUUAAUAUUGAUGGGAAACAAGCCAGAUUUGAUUUAUUUUAUGACCCCUAUGAUAAGAGAGACCGUUUAAUAUUCACACCGUGGUACAUUUGGUGUCCUCCAUAGUUAAUAUCAUUAGAUUCAGUAUUCAGAUGAACGUAAGACGCUCUCACGAGGGGGCAGACGUUAUUAAUCAUCAGGUCCAUCUUGCCACAUGUUAAUAUUUGCCUUUUAUGAACAUUUGUAAUUCUCUUAAUGUGCUGUAGCAUUGUAUUUAAUUUUGUACAUAGUUGUCCACCUUAAUCACAUCCAUGUGUGCUGAUUGUAAGUUAUUCUUCAGUAGUGAACCAUUUAAAACCCCUUCACCUUGUACAUCAGGUUUUUUUAAAGCAAGUGUGCAUUCCAUUAAAAUAGUAUGAUACAAAAAUA